AUGAUUGCCCAGCCCAUGACGGUCAGUGACUCGCCCAUAUCCGACCUCCCAGCCACAAAACGCCUCAUUACGACACACUCCCCAACAGGCUCAGCAAUCAUCCACUCCGACGAUGCCACUCGAUGGCAACCAAUGCGAUCCGGCGCUGUCGCCAUGUCCCUGAUCUAUACCACAUCGACGUUUCCAGCCAACCUGAACUCUGACACCGACAUCAAAGCGCACGACUCCAAAGUAGCCUCUGGAGGCAUCGGGCUCGUCAACGGCGGUGGCAGUGUCUGCCGCAUGGUCGACUUCGCUCCAGGUAACGAACCAAUGAUGCACCGCACGCAAAGUCUGGACUAUGGCGUUGUGCUAGAGGGCGAAGUGGAGAUGAUCUUGGACUCGGGUGAGGUGCAUCUGAUGAGGCGGGGUGAUGUGGCCGUGCAGCGUGCGACGAUGCAUGCGUGGCGGAAUCCGAGUGAGACGGAGUGGGCGAGGAUGAUGUUUGUCCUAUUAGAUUGUCAGGCUGUCAGGGUUGGGGAUGUGUGCUUGAAGGAGCAGCUGGCGCCGGGCCAGCACGAAAUGCCCGCAAGCGGCAAUGAUGCUUGA